AGUUUUCGAAGAAUAAAACAAUUUAGUAUUCCACCAGGGGACAAGCGUCCUGAACGUCCUUCCGUAAUCUAAUUACUUCAAGAACACCCCCUUAACUGGCACGUACGAGUGCAAAGACACCUAAGGACCUAAUAGGAUUAGGAAGCCUCUCAGUGCGAAGUAUAAAACUCAUUUUUCCGAUAGAUCGACGUAGUCCGUUAGCGGAAAAAAGGCCGAGAUGGUUUUCAAUUUCCGCGUCUUCAAGAAACAGUCUCCGAAUGGGAAGAUAACACUUUAUUUGGGAAAGAGGGAUUUCAUUGAUCACAUUUCCGGCAUCGAACCAAUAGAGGGUGUAUUUUUGAUCGAUAACGAAUAUAAAGACAGAAAAAUCUUCGGACAGAUUGUCUGCAGCUUCAGAUAUGGCAGAGAGGAGGAUGAAGUUAUGGGACUUAACUUUCAAAAGGAUCUGUUUCUAGAUUCUCGCCAACUUUAUCCUGCCCCUGAAAAGCAAGAAACAAGCAAGCUUCAGGACCGACUUAUACGAAAAUUAGGACCGGAUGCUUAUCCUUUUACGUUCAUUAUACCACCAAGUGCUCCAGCCUCAAUCACCUUGCAGCCAGGCCCCGAGGACGAAGGACAACCGUGUGGAGUCCAUUAUUAUAUCAAGUUAUUCGUGGGUGAAAAUGAAACAGAUCGUCCACACAAAAGAAGCAUGGUGUCAAUGGGUAUUCGAAAAAUUCAAUACGCUCCUUCAAAACAGGGAAGACAGCCAUGUACGGUUGUCAGGAAGGAUUUUAUGCUGAGUCCUGGUGAACUUGAACUGGAAGUGACCCUAGAUAAACAGCUUUACCAUCAUGGAGAACAAAUUGCAGUGAAUAUCUGCAUUCGAAACAACAGCAAUAAAGUUGUUAAGAAAAUGAAAACGAUGGUCCAACAGGGUGUAGAUGUUGUACUAUUUCAAAAUGGACAAUACAGAACUACAGUGGCAUGUGCGGAAACGCAAGAAGGGUGCCCUAUACAACCUGGAUCAAGUCUUCAAAAAAUCGUUUACUUGACACCUACUUUGAUGUCUAACAAAGGUAGGAGAGGAAUUGCAUUAGAUGGUCACCUCAAACACCAAGAAACGAACUUGGCUUCAACAACCUUGUUAGCAUCACCAGAUGCUCGUGAUGCUUUUGGCAUCAUAGUUUCUUAUGCUGUGAAGGUUAAACUCUACUUGGGUGCUCUUGGUGGAGAACUUGUAGCCGAAUUACCUUUCGUGCUGAUGCAUCCAAAGCCCGCCGUAAAAGGAAAAAUGUUACAUGCUGACAGCCAAGCUGAUAUAGAGGACUUCAGACAAGACACUGUCGAUAAUGAUGCAGUAGAAUAGCUUAUUUCCCCUUUUAUCAAACCACAUACUGAAGAUUGAAUGUUGUUCUGUGUAUAUAUUUUUUUUAACUUAUCACCAGUAAAAUAAAUAGUCUCAGAAAACAUAUGCAUCGAUUCUUUCAUUAUAAAAAAUAAUCGAAGGUGAACUAAUAUAGGGAAUCACGGGCGUUACCAGAGGGCAAUGGGAGCUGCCCCAUAGAGGCUCGACCCUUUUCAAAAUUACCUAUUCAGAAAAUCCGAAAAUAACAGGGCAAUGAAUAUUUAGAGAAUAAUUUCCCAUUUCUCCAUUAAUCCAAUAAGUUUGUUAUUUUGAUUCAAUACACGGGGUCGGCAGAAUGUCGUUUGCCGUAUUGCUAAUUGAACGAAUGAACUUUAGAAUCGAAAUGAUUCGCUUCACUGAGCUCUCUAGCCCAAACAAUGAUAUAAGUUAGCUAAAUAAAGCUUGAAGCUACCCGUUGGACUGCUGAGGGUCUCAAAUAAUAGUGCAAAAGUCAUUAUUUAAGUAUAUUGAGAAAUAUCCACAUACAGUUCAUUCAUGUAUAUAAUACACAGUUUCAAAUUAAAGGACAGAUUUAGCCAACAAGCUUCAGGAAUCAAGCUUAUAUAUAGGGUUAACUGUAUCACUAGAAUAACCUAUCGCUAUAAAAAUCAAAACUGAUUAUUUUUUUAAGAUAAUGGUAAUAAUAUAUAGCAUGAGUAUUUCAUGUUUUAUUUUUGUUCUAAAAAUCAUUUGUCAAAAAUAUUUUAAUGCUUUCUUUAAUUUACAGAUUUCUGCAGAUAGAUUUUUAUAUAUACAAAGUAAUAUCAAAUGGCGAAACAUUUUCAAACAGGUUAAUAAUUUAAUAGAGUGAAAUCAUAGAUGAAUAAUAUAAUAAUUAUAUAUUAUUCAUAUUUAUAAUGAUGAAAAUUUUCCAGAUAAGGGGGAAUCCUUAGUGUUCCAUUUAUUUUAGAAAGUAAAGCCUUCGCAACAGGAAAUCUGUAAUUUAGGUCAGCACAAAUCAACACCAAUUCAAUGUGUUCUUUAUGCAUCUUCCCUUUCCUUUACAAAUCGUACAAAACUUUUAGAAUAUGGCCCUCAUAGUCCUUCUCUCUUCAAACACAUCACUCAUUCCUAUACAUAAUAGCUGAGAAAUCAUUGUACGUUUCAUGAUAUGGCUAUAUGUGCAAAUCUUCAAAGUCAGCAGAAAUGCCAAAAUUAUUAAUUUCAUAUAUUAGCAAACAAAUUGGAAUUUUCCUUAUCACACCCCAAUUUAACAUGAUGACCCCAAGUCGAUUACUUCCUCCCAACAAGUUUUGAAUGCGGUAAGGUUGAGAAUUGACAGCUGUAGUCAAGAAGUUUUAGGCUGCACAACUUUCCUAUUUCC